AAAAUUAACACACAAAAUUCGGCCUGAUGGCGAAAACUCGAGUCUUUACCCAAAUAUUUGGUUUUGAUAGCUGCUGCUUCAACUUCAAGCUCGGGUCUUGAACCAUGGCGUUCCUGCUCCGCAAUUCCGUCGCUUCCCAUCUCCAAUCCCACUCGCAGAGGGCGCAGAACGAUUCGCUUUCCCAAUCACGCCGCCAGUUCCACGUCGAGCCAGGGCCUCGCGAGAAAGCGCUCUUGGCAGCGGACCCGUCUUUAAAACGGUUCAAGUCGCAUAAGAAGGGCGUGUCGCGAGUUAAAAGACUUGGAGAUGUUCUUACCAUUGUUGUCAUUGCUGGCUGCUGCUAUGAAAUAUAUGUAAAAGCGGUAAUGCGAGAAGAAGCUAGGAACCAAGCAGGGGCUUCGGGUGCAAGUGCAUAAUCAGGUGUGUAUGUGGGCGGUGUUUGAUUUUCUCUAGCAACCAUGCUGGAACGUGUUGAUUCUGAAUGCUGAAUAAGUGGAAAACAGAGUAUCCCGAGUUGCUUUCCGAAUAUCUGUUUCUGAUCUCUAUCAGGUUUUGUUUCGUAAUAAUAGUCUAUUCUGUAGAAAUCAUAGAACAACUUCAACAAAUGCAUUUGAACAUUCUUUGUUUUUCUUUCGGGUAAUGAAUGUUUUCCUUAACUUUAGACCA